CUUGGCCCUUACACCGAUAUCUUCUAUGGGCCAGAGACAGCCUUUAUCCAUCCAUCAUUCUACAAUGCUAAACCCUAAAAUCAAUAGAAUAUUCCGUUUCCUCUCUACAGUGAAUCUGCAGAUUUCUUCCUUUGAGGUUAGUAUCAAACUUUAGGAUUAGCGAUCUUCAUCUUUUAAACUCAGCUGACGAAAAUGGCAACUCAAUUGAGCAAAAAGCGAAAGUUUGUAGCUGAUGGUGUGUUCUUUGCUGAGCUGAAUGAGGUCCUCACCAGGGAACUUGCAGAGGAUGGUUACUCUGGUGUUGAAGUUAGGGUUACACCUAUGCGUACUGAGAUCAUCAUCAGGGCCACCCGUACCCAAAACGUUCUUGGUGAGAAGGGAAGGAGAAUAAGAGAGCUGACAUCACUUGUUCAGAAGCGAUUUAAGUUCCCUGAAAACAGUGUGGAACUUUAUGCCGAAAGGGUUAACAACCGAGGUCUCUGUGCCAUUGCUCAGGCUGAGUCUCUGCGUUACAAGCUUCUCGGAGGCCUUGCUGUUCGCAGGGCUUGCUAUGGUGUGCUAAGGUUUGUUAUGGAGAAUGGAGCAAAAGGAUGCGAGGUUAUUGUUAGCGGAAAGCUUAGGGCUCAACGUGCAAAAUCUAUGAAGUUCAAGGAUGGAUACAUGGUGUCCUCUGGUCAACCAGUCAAGGAGUACAUCGACUCUGCCGUCAGGCAUGUGCUUCUUAGACAGGGUGUUCUUGGUAUAAAGGUUAAGAUCAUGCUUGACUGGGACCCAACUGGAAAGCUUGGCCCUAAGACACCGUUGCCUGAUAAUGUUGUUAUCCAUAUGCCCAAGGAUGAAGUUGUCGCUCUCCCACCUAAAGAAGUUGAGGAAUAUAGACCGCCUCUCGUGAUGGGAGAUGAGCCUUUGCCAAUGGCCAUGCCAGUAACCGUCUAAAUCCCGCGUGGAAACAAGACUUGGAAUCCCAAAACACUUGAGUUUUGGAAGAUUAAUUUUGAAUGUGGUGUUUUUUUGUUGACUUUGUUUUUUGAACGUGCAAGGUCUAGAGAUUUUUUUAAAUGACUUUAGAUUGCAUUUAACUUGAGCAUGUUAUAACAGCCAUUUCUCUUCCUACA